UUUCAUUAAGUGACCUGAAUCUUAAUCAAUAAAUUGUCACGAUAAAUUGCCCGUCGAAGCUAUGAGCGCUGCCAGCAUACUGGAAUUGCAGACGUGGAUCGUGUAUCAGAGAAUUGCUGCCGAAUGUUCACACUGUUUGUGAUCAUCAACCAACCGUAGUUUAUCGCUAGAAAAAUCUUAAGUUCGUGCACAUUAUCAGUACAAUUUUGUUUGGCAAACAUCAUCAAGCACUUGAAAGCUUUUACGUGUCGCGAUUUCUUCUGGUGGACUCGCACGAUACUCUCGAACUGUACCAGAGGACCACCGCUAGGGCUAAUAAACAUCGUUUUAUUUUAUUUCUGUCUAUCGUUAUCAUCAAUCUACAGAAGUUGAAAGUGAGCUGACACGAUUGAAAUUGAUUGGUAAAGUGAACGGUUGGGCUGGUAUCGGUGGGGGCGAACGGUAAAACAACAAGCCGGAGUUUUUCCCAUUCAAAGGACGGGACAUGUUACCGUUUGUCGAAGGUCGCUCGUGACGGGACAAGAGAAAAAAAAACGACAAAAACAAAGAAAUUGUUAGCUGCCACAUUACGGCCGGCUUGGCCCUAAUUGAAAAGAAAACAUAGCGUUUGGUUUAAACGAGUGAUAGGUGACGUGGAGCAAAUAAACAUUGGAACAUUCGAAUUGAGAUCAUUCGGAGGCUAGGAAAUACCUUACCAAUAAAAAAAAAUAACAAGAUAAUCAGUUCUCAGCGAUUCAUUUCGUCUCCAGUGCCCGUAGAAGGAAAAUGAUCGAUACCGUUAUGACCGACAAUGCCUUCAAAGCCAGAGAUAUCGGUCUUCGGGCGCAGAAGAAAAUUCUGUCCCGAAUGGCCACCAAGAACGUUGCCAAAGUGUUCAUCGAUGGUACGACAGCUUCCCUGCUAGACAACGUCUACCGGUUAGCAAAGACACAUACCGGCAGCAAGAAGGACGCCGAACGUCUAGUCAAGAACGUCAUCAAAAUUGUAAUCAAAAUUGCCGUCCUGCAUCGGAACAACCAGUUCAACGCCGACGAGCUGCGGCUGGCGGAAACGUUCCGAACUAAAUUUCAAACGCUCCAGAUGGCCAUCAUCUCCUUCUAUGAGGUGGACUACAGCUUCGACCUAAACUAUCUGCUAAAGUCACUGCAGGCAGUGCACGGUUUAUUGAAGUCCUGCGUCGAACGUCACCUAACGGACAAAUCGAUUGGCCGUAUCGAUGAGGUAUUCGCCUUCUUCAGUGAUCCGACACUGCUGGAGGCAGCCUUCCGGCAGGAUUCACCUUACCGUGACUUGAUGGAUAAAAUCAUAGCCGAUCUGAACAAGGCGAUGGAGAAUGGGGACAUCUAGACAGCGAGAUGGACAUUUAGUAAUACGCUUUUUUGUCAGUUGUAAAGUGUAUUUAUUCUGUCAUGCUGGCCAAUAAUUCAGAUCGUUUUUGUUCUGCUGUUAAUCUAGUUGUAAAGGACAGCCAGCGUGAAUUUUUGCGCAAAAAAAAAACGUAGUCGUUGUAUGUUGCAGCGUUGCUAUUUAAGUUUGGUGCACAAUUAUUUAUCAUCAUCAGCAAACGCUUAACUACCGCUUGCCACGUGAAUGUCUAAUAGUGUAGCGAAAAAGCCUAACCUCCUAAAGUAACAUUUGGAGCCCGUUGAAAAAUACGAAGCUAGAUCAUGCUCAAAGAUUGUUGUUUUAGUUAUUAUUUGUGUAGAUGAAAAGCCCCGGCGCUAUGUCAUGCUGCCAUUCAAUGUCACUCCAUCUAUGCAAAGAACAUGAGUAGCAUAUAAAGAAUUGUAUACUUUGCAUUGCUUGUUCAAAUUCGGUUCUAAUAUCUAGGAACAAAAGUCCUGUAAAUGAUAGAAUCGGUUAACUUAGCUCAACCUCUUCAUACUUUUGAUAGAAAUGGGCGCAAAAUGGGUCAAGAUUAUUCAAGGAAGUUUGCGUUUUGAUUAUGUUAAUUCGGCAUCUGGAGUAAAACACAACCGUCAUUCGUGGAGGUUUGAAUAAUAUCAUGAAACUUUAAUAUAACAACUUUUUUGAACUGUGUAGUAUAGCAUACAAAAGUAAUGCUUUCCACUUUAUUUAUACUAAAGUUUAUUGUAAGUUGAAACAAAAAUUAUCUAAGUCAUUAUAUGAGAUACGUUUUUUGAGUGCGAAACAUUGGAAACUAACCGGUAUCGUGGCAAACAAUGGAAAACGGAACAGCGCAGAAAGUGAAUGUACUUAAAAUAACGCACUGAACAACAAACAACAAAUACUAUUAAGUAGAAGUGAUGAUGGUAGAUAGUCACUAAACAAGCCCGUGGCACAUGCCACAAUCGAACACGUACUAAUGUGAAAAAAAACUAGCCUAUAGAAAAACAAAUCUUUCGGCAUGCUGUGAACAACAACACAAAACACUCACCACAAAAUGGACCAGUUAAUCUCCUGUACUCUGUUUACAAAACACAUAGUUGAAACAAUAUCAGUUAAGGAACAAUAAAAAACAUUCUAAUAAUCACUGUACACAAAACGAAAUUCAAAAUACUCAAAUUCCGUCGGAAACGAUGCAGCAAAAUGGCCUGUUAUAAAGAAAGAAGGAUAAAAAUAACGCUUAUCUACACCAUUGCUGGAAAAUGCUAUCGGCAAAGCAGUUCACAAACGUUCAAAUUUAGUUUGAAACUUACGGAUUGAUAUUUUGAUUGAAGAACACAGUAAUAAAACGACGAUAAGUAUGGAACAUUCA